AUGGCUGCGCAAGCCAAUAAGCCGGUGCAGAUAACCAAGUCUAGCACUUCUUCCACGCCAAAUGCUACUGCUUCUGUCAGACUGGAGAAAACUCACCCAGGUGUUCGCCGUUCGACGCCUGAUUCAGAGGCAUUGGCAUCGUCCGAUGACGACGUGGAACACACGCAGGUUACGUCUACAUCUACCAUUGCCCCCAUUCCAAAGCCUGCCCGUCGUACUUCGUGGCUCAAUGAAGUGCCUGCCAAUAUCCAUCGAAAGGCUUCUUUGACCAGCACUGGCCCCUUGUCCUCCGGCGCUUCAAACCCAACUAGUCCCGCGACUGACCAGUCCGGAUGGCCUAGCACGAGCCCCGUAAUGAGCAGUUCAAUCAACUGGAAUCACGUUGGGAGUGGCUCAUUCCCAUGGGGCACUGGAAUCUGGAACACCGAAUCUCGAAAAGAACCACCUCCUCGUCUGGCUGAAAUCGUCCCAUCGCCCACUAUGUCUAACCCUUCAACCGCAAGCAACUAUUUCAAUGACGAGUUGCUGAGCCCUACAACCCGCACGACAUCUGGCGAAUCUGCUAUUCCUUUCUCAAUUCCGCUCCACCCAACCCCUAAGACCUAUCGUUCGCAGUCGUACUCGAAUGGUGGUCAGUUCUCGGCAUUGCAACAUCGCUCAUCUCGGCCUAGUCUCCUUGGAGAGUUGGGUCAUGAUCCUGCUACUCUCGGCCGGGUUCGCGAAGACGACGACGGCGAGGAGGGAAGCCCGAACGGCUCAGAGCAUAGCUUCAGCAAUUACGCGAGCGAUCAAGCCCGCACCAUUGAACAGCUGUCUCGAGAGAACGCUCUUCUGCGUCAGGCUGCCGGCCAGAUGGACAGCAGCUUCCGAGACCGUGCUAUGUCGUCCGCUUCCGCAACCGGCGGAUACGUGGUUGGCGCAGGUGCUCAUAACUUGCACCGCAUCCGCGGCAGUGUCCCAGAGGAGGCAGAUUUGGCAGUGGAAGAUCUUGACGAAGUGGGCGACAUCCCUGGCUACAGCAGUAUCCAUGGCAGUGCCAGGAGGAGGUUUUCUGAGCACUCGGCCAACCUUGAAAAACAACUUCCACCGCUCACUUCACUGGAAAACCGAGCUCUGGAUAAUGUCAGGAAGGCCCACUGGCAGACCUCCCUCGGCUUUGGCAGUAUGGCCGAUAUUCCUCAGAGUCGACGGCACUCUUUUGCCGAUAUCCCUAUUCGGCACGGUUCUAUUUCUGGUGAAUCACAAGUCGCCGCAACCUCGAGACCUGGAAUUGGAGACCGGGAGGAUGGCUAUGUUGGUGUCACUGAACCUUCUCUUUCAAAUAUGCAAGGCCAGAAUCGUGAGUAUUAUCGUGUUCAUAUGGCUCCUCGUCCCGAGGAGCAUGAGAUGGAAACGGAGUAUUUACGAGCUCGUCGAUUUGCAGAAUCCUACUUUGCUCGAGAUCAAGCUCUUCGUGUGGCCGAUGCUCCCUCCACAGUGCCAACGUCCCUCCACCAAGCAUAUACGAUGCCGACCGUCUAUGCCCGCCACCAAGCAGGCCUCGCGCAUUCACACCAGAACCAGCUUCUUUAUAUUGUAACAUUUAAGUGCCAUCGUGCGGAUGUUUUCUAUAUCCAAGAAGACACAGGCCUUCAAGUGAAACCUGGUGAUUUAGUCAUCGUCGAAGCCGACCGUGGCACCGAUCUUGGAACCAUCCAACAUGCAAACGUUUCCAUGCAAAGGGCCCGUGAACUGAAACAACAGUAUGCUGAAGAGCAUUACAAAUGGUUGAUGAUGUUUUCUAGACAAGGUCAGAGUGGAGCGGCCAACGUUAUCAGUCCCUCGGGGGGUUUGACCAGCCGCAGCGCUAUUGGUGGCAUGGGCCCUCAUGGUUCUCAUGGAGUGCAAGAGUCAUCCGCAGAUAUAAAACCAAAAUUGAUUAAGAGACUUGCCCAGAAUCAUGAGAUUUUAACAUUGCGUGAUAAAGAAGGUAACGAGGCGAAGGCGAAGCGGGUCUGCCAGCAGAAAGUUGCAGAACAUCGGCUCAACAUGGAGAUACUUGAUGCGGAAUUCCAAAUGGAUUGGAAGAAACUCACUUUCUAUUACUUCGCGGACUCAUAUAUCAACUUUAACUCUCUUGUGACAGAUUUAUUCAAGAUUUACAAGACUAGGAUUUGGAUGUCAGCCAUCAAUCCGGCUUCGUUUGUCACGCCCCCAACUGCUGGCUUGCAGCCUCCAAACCCUUUGGGUUACAAUGCCGAGACCCAGACAGACCGAUCCCAUCACCCAGAAAGCAGGGCAUACGGCCAUGCUCGCGACGGGGUUGAUAGAGAAGCUAUUGCCAAUCAGAUGGGUGCGUUGCGCAACGCAUACACAGAGUCCUAUCAGCCUUUCGGGCAGGGUCUCCGCCAGCCAGAAUCGGGGUUGGGUACGCUCGCCACCGGUGACCCUUUUGCUCCCUACCCACCAACAGCGUAUGGUGGCUUAGAGUCUAGCUAUGUUGAUUAUGCGACUAGUCCUGGAACAGCCGCUGGUCCUCACAUUCACCAGUCUCCUGCAGAUUGGACGCGCCGCUUCCAGGGAUUGUCUCUAGGCUCUUGA